UUUUUUUUGUAAAACAAAUUUAUGCCGUCAUGUUUUUAGACUAGUUACCUAAAGUUGGUCAAAUUACACUAAGCAGUGUUUGAAGAGCUGAAGCAUGUUUAAAGAUUGAAAGUAGAUCAAGCUCAAGCUCACUUUAUUACAGCCACUGAAUAAGUGUAAUAAUAUCUUAAUGGGAUACUUUGUAUCCAAUGUGCAAAGAAUCCCACACAAGCAGUCACUUUUAAAUCACAAGUUUGUCUCAUGCUUUAUUCAUUACUGUUGCCUCCCCGCUCAAUAGAUUGGUCUGCAGCGGAGAGAAACAUCUCAUUCCUUUAAAAAAAUGAAAUCCAUCAGAAAACGAUGAUCAGAACCUGCUAAAUUCAACACACAGAAGUGCUUCUGAAGUCUGAUGGGAAGACUAAAUCCACUAUCAGCUCUGCACAGACAUACUGAGCUGACCCAUUUUACAUCUUUAUGAAAAUGCAGAUUUUGCUGAUUAUUUUAUACAUUGUUUCUGUUGCCUUUCUAUACUUAGAACUAGCUUAUUGUGUCUGUGCCCGUGCUGAAUAUGAGAUAAACGGACAUUGCUGCCCUGUGUGUGCACCUGGUAACCGUGUUUUAUGGCAUUGCACAGUGGAUACCAGCACAACUUGUGCACCCUGUAAUACAUCCACAUACACUGAUGAGUCUAAUGGCCUUGAAAUAUGCUUUCCCUGCUCGGCCUGUGAUGAAGGUUUAAGGAUACAGAAGGCCUGUACACGGUUAUCAGAUACCGUUUGUGAGCCACUAGAAGGAUUCUUCUGUAUGGUCCAAGAAAAAGGCCGCUGUAGAUUAGCUGUUAAACAUUCUCAAUGUAAACCUGGAGAAUACAUCCAUCAAAGAGGAACAGCAAACACUGAUACUGUAUGUGGUGAAUGCAUUAAUGGCACCUACUCUGAUGGCACUUUCACAGCUUGUCAGCCACAUACAUUAUGUCAGAGUAUGGGACGUAAACAAAUAAAAAUGGGAACAACGUCAUCUGAUGCUAGAUGUGAACACACUCCAAAUGGUCUUGUUGUUGGAAUCAUAUCUACUGUUGCGGUCGUUGUUGUUGUUGUUAUUGGAGUCUCAGUAACCCAGUAUGUCAUAUUCAAGCAGAAGUCAAAGGCUCGUCCAGGGAUAAGGUCUGUCCAGUUCCGAAAUGUUGGUGGAGGGCUUUUAAAGUGCUUAUACACAUAAUCCAUGGACUUGAUGUUACUUAAUACAUUUCAACCAGUCAAAGCUGAAACAAAAAGAGAACUCAAAAAAGAAACAGAAAUAUUGGUUUCUUAAGGUAGACCAGCUAUGCAUAACACUAUGCAUACAUGUGUUCUCUUGUUAUAUAUAACAUAAAAUUCUGUAUUAUUCUUAACCCUUUUUAUUAAAAAUAAUUGAAAUGGAUAAUGGAUGUACUAUUGAUUACCAUGGUAAAGUUUAUGAAUCAUUCAUCAGAAAUUGACAUUAAUCUAUGCCUCGUAUCUGAACAGUUACUUGCAUACAUUGAAAUUAGUACACGGUAUAACACAAUAUACUACAUUUGUGAAUCAUUUUUG